ACGUGUUUAUUACGGCUUUUGCUUUGACAUUCGCCGCAAAGUCUUUUUGAUCAAAACAAUAAACUCCGACAGGAUGGCUCAAACAGAUUUUCAGAAAAACUUUCGCUUAGUUUUAGAGAAAAUCUUCAAUAACUGGCAAAAUCUGCGAUUAGCAGUUGAACAUGGCAUGGGCGGUCGCAAUGGGCAACAGCAAGCUAUUGAAAUCAUGGAGUACACUUACAAGUAUUGCAUUGGUAAUGAGAACAUAACACAAGGUGAGCUACAAGAUGUUGUGGAGGAACUGCUGGAUCAAGAAUUCGACACGAUAUGUGAGGAUGGUUCCAUACCAGAAAUCUGUAGGAAUUUGCUCCGAUAUAAAUCGCUCUGCUUCAGUGGAGAAUAUGCACAAAUCGAAAGUGAAUUAAGCAAACUACCGCAAGGCAAGGAAUGGCUACGACCCGAUGUGAAAAUUGUGUAUACGCCAAUUGCAGGAGAAAACUCAUCCUCAGAGGAUGAUGACAGUAGCGGAAACUCUGACGAUGAUAUGGAUGUUGACGAUGAAGACAGCGAUAUUGCCAGUUGUAGUCGCGUAACACGCUCUCAAACACGUAGAAAGCAAGAAUUUGCAGAGCCUGAACCUGGUUGGACAACAGUGCGCACGAGAAGAAAGUAAAACUUGUCGCCACUACGAAAAUUUUAUUGAAAUUAAUGAAUUCUAAACCGGUAUACAUAUAAAUGAAACAAAAUACUGUACAUACAUAAA